AUGGCGCUUCCUAAACUUCGCAAGAUUAAUCUCUCUAGCUAUUAUGGUCAUUAUUCAAAAAUAAACGACGGGUUUCUUUUGAAUUUGUGUAAGAAUUGUGAGUUUCUUGAAGAAAUUGUGAUUUUUAUUUACUGUCCAUUAUUAACCCAAGAUGGCAUUGCUUCUGCCAUCCGUGAGAGACCAUCUUUGACGUCUCUCUCCAUUAGUUUCCGGUGCAAUGGAAACCAGAACAACAUCAAUUCACAUGUUAUUGACUCGUUUGUGAGGUUGAAGGGCUUAACUUGUCUAGAUUUUUGGGAUACGGAAAUUUCGGAUGAGUUGCUUUCCUCUAUUGCAACGGAAGACCUUCCUUUGAGAAGGCUUGUCCUUCAAAAUUGCACAGGCUAUAGUUAUGCUGGAAUCGUUUCUUUGUUAUCCAAGUGUCAACAUAUACAACAUUUGGAUCUUCGUCGAACUGAAUUUUUGAAUGAUCAACAUGUUGUUCAAUUGUCUUUGUUUAUGCGUAAUUUGGUGUCCAUAAACCUUAGUGAAUGUGAUAUGCUCACAAAAUUAGCCUUGUUUGAGCUCGUUAGGAAAUGUCCUUUACUUAGUGAGAUCAAAGUGAGAUCAAAAUGGAAAAUAUUUGGAGUGAGAUUGUAG